UGUCUCCCGCUUGCACUCCCGCAUGGCCGCCACCUCUUUCGCUUGUUUUUCUUCCUCCUCGCCGUCCAGCGCAGGCAUUCCGACGGUCCUCGUCGCACUGUCCCACAGCCUGCGACGCUUCCACUCCUUCCCCGCCAUUCAGCACUGCUCGAUGUCUGUCUAGCGCGCAAACGCGGUGCCCGGAUCAUUUGCCCAUUCACCCCGACAGAUCCUCCCCGUCCUCCCGUCCAAGCUCGCGUCAACAAGUCGGCUGUAGCCCGUGCCUUGCUCAGUUUCUCCCCGAAGCCCAUUUCCCUCUUCGUCUUCUCGAAAGUUUAGCUAAAGUUCUAUCUCCUACAAUUGGUCCUCUGUCCUUACCCAUCCUGCCCGCGCUCUAUGGCCAACCACCGGGCUCAGCUCGCUCCGCCUUCUGGUCGGCGACGCUCGCUGUCAGACCCUCUCGCCGCUGCUCUUCUGCCACCGCCGAAUGAGUCGCCCGAGCAACGAGACCGCAGGCUGCGUGCAGAGGAAGAAGCCAAGAAACGCAGCGAUCAUAUCGAUCGUAUGAUCAAGGAGAAUGAAAAGGAACGGCGAAGAAAGAAAAUCGUCAAAGUACUCCUCCUCGGUCAGAGUGAGAGCGGCAAGAGUACAACGCUGAAACAGUUCCAACUGCUGCAUACUCCCGCUGCCUUCCACGCUGAGAGGAUAGCAUGGCGAUUUGUCAUAUACCUCAAUCUCGUACGGUCCAUCCGGCGGAUACUAGAAGCUAUAUCCCCGGAGCCAGAGACAGCACCGGGGCUCGACGACUACGAUGACAUGGACUACCUGGAACCUGCCGCGAUAAUAAUCAGCUCCAACGGCCGUCCAUCAUCUGCCGUGGCAGGCGCCUCAGUGCCUGGAUACGACAGCUACCGAAGACAACUCGCGCCGCUACGCGACCUCGAGCAGCGACUCAUCCAACAGCUGUCCGAUCCAGAGGAUAACGAGAGCCGCCAAGCGAUCCGCCUGCCCUGUCCUCCCUACAACGGACACGGGCACUCGCCCUCUCUCUCCGUGCCCAGUUCAGCGCGUCUCACAGGCGACGCGGCACGCCCGCUGCCGCGGAUCAGUAUCCCCCCGGGAUCGAGCGUCAGCGGCGGGACCCACGGGGCGUCAAGCUCGCCGGUCGCGCUGUCGCCCGGGCACGAGAUUGCGGUGCACUCGACGUCGAAUUGGAGGAAGGCGUUUGCGCUGGGGAGGAACCAGAGUCCGAAGAGCGCGCAUGGGGGCGAGUUGCAGGGAUGGUGGGAGGACCCGCACGAUCCGGUGCAUGUGCUCAAUCGGUGUGCGCCCGUGAUGAUCGAUCUCUGGCGCGAUCCGAAAGUGCGUCAGAGGCUGGCGGAGAAGAGGUUGAGGCUGGAGGAAAGCAGCGGAUUCUAUCUGGACGAGAUCGAGCGUGUCACUGCGAAGAUGUACUUCCCUACGGAUGAUGACGUGCUAAAGGCCCGUCUGAAGACGAACGGCGUGGUCGAACACACUUUCAGUUUGCCGAAGACGAGUGAGUACCGUGGCGUCGAGUGGAAAAUUUACGAUGUAGGCGGCGCGCGACCACAACGGCAAGCUUGGGCUCCGUAUUUCGAUGAUGUAAAUGCUAUUAUUUUCUUGGCGCCUAUCAGCGCUUUCGACCAGGUCCUAGCCGAGGACCCUCGUGUCAACCGUCUGGAGGACUCAUUUGAAUUGUGGAAGUUGGUCGUCUCAAACCCGCUGCUCUCCACUGUCAAUAUCAUCUUGUUCCUGAAUAAAUGCGACUUGCUGAAGAAAAAGCUCGAGAACGGUGUGAGACUCAAUCAGCAUAUGCCAUCCUAUAAGGACCGGCCGAACGACUACGAUUCGGUAUCCAAAUAUUUCCGAUUGAAGUUCGGUGCUAUGCACCACACAUUCACCCCGAAUAAAUCCAGAGAGUGCUACAUCCAUCUGACAUCUGUUACUGAUACACGCAAGACACAAACGAUCAUCAGCAACGGCAAGUGGUUCCGUGAUGCUCCCUGAAGCGCUCUCACACGUUCCCGAACCAGUCCGUGAUAUCAUCCUUACGGGAAACUUGAAGUCGUCAGCUUUGAUGUGAGGUUUGCGGGACUACCGAGAGUCCGGAACCAGGUUCGUGCACCCCAUCAUACCCAUCGCUCAUUGACGUGGAUCAGUGGCUGACGUGCUCGAUAUCUAGAUGAUAUAAUGUAUAAGGACAUUGUAAUGUUAGUUUGGAAUUUGCCGUGCUUCGUCGAGAUCGUGCUUGCUGCUGUCAUCUUACCUUCCUCUUACCAAAUCGCAACAUACCCGCGCUAAAACUACUUGUAUGAUGUAGAUCAGCUAAUCUGUGCAUAAUGUUUGUCUUCUGUAGCUAUCGAAAUGAAUUGAAUUUAGUCUCAGUCUCUCUGCAAAAGC